UCCAUGGUUACCAAACACAGGCGGAAAACUGUUUCUAUUUAGGACUGCAGUCUCUAACUUUGAAAUCACUAUUUCUUUGAAUUAGUCAAACUUUAGGAAGCAGUAUGGAGAUUAUCAGAGGGAGUUUAGAUGACAUUUCUCGACCUGCAUCGAGCGAACAAACAGGCAGCCGUGUGUCCAGCGUGUCCUUGACCCAUAGUGACAGAAUGUGCCCAGCAACUCCCUUUUCCCUCGUCGUUUUGACCAAUGAUGCUGCUGAUUUUCAGGUCCAGAGCAGCUCUGAAGGAACAAUGAAAAAAUCCUCCACUACUAAUCCUGAUAAUACUCAUUCUUUUGUUGAUACUACAAAUGAUGAAGAUGAUGAUGAUGAUGAUGAUGAUUUAAAACUGCAGAAAGCCAUUGAGGAAAUGAUAAGACUUGAUGAAAUAUUGUCUGCAACAAUUUGCAAACAACAAGAAGCUAAGCGCCAAAGGAUGGAACUCAGAGAAAAACUCUGGCAAGAGCUAAUGCAAAACAGGUCUGAGGGUCGCUCUGAAUCUGCCCAUGAAGCUCAGAACACAAAGUUAUUUCUUGCUUUGGAAGCAUCCACAGCCAAAGGGCUGGAGGAGGAGAAAGACUUUGAGCCAGUGUUUGAUACUCAGGUUCUUGAUUGUGAUGACCAAGACCACCGGCAUGUGGAGAAAAGGGAGAAUAGGUCUGCAAGUACGAUAAAAUCAUUAGAAACAGACCAUGAGGAGAUAGGAGAAGAGCUUUUUAAAGGCAGUCUGUGUGGAGCUUCCAGAAGCAAGAAAAAACACAAGGACUUUGUCAAGAGAAACAUUGAGCUAAUAAGUGGUGAGGGGGGCCAAGUGCUUUUGACCCAGACAGAGAAAGAGCGUCUAGCCGAGCUCCUCCGAGAAAUAGAUGAAGAGGAAGAAGACAGUGCCAAUGGUGCGGACGGCGAGGAGGACAUGUGGGCUGUGUCAGUCUUGACAGGCCAGGGUUACACCCCAGAACCGCCUGACCUCAAGCAGCUGAAUGACAUUGACUCCAGAAUUCGCCGCCUUGUUCCUGUUGAAGAAUUUAUCUCACUGCAAGGGUCCCAUGUACACCUUAGCAUGUCUCAGGGCCACGGUUCCGAGGUUGGCUGGACAUGUGACGGGGACCUGCAGCCAGGAGAGAAGGUCCUGCAGGAUAUAAAGGAGAGGAGAGGGCAGGAGAGGAGGCUACAAGAGAUCCAACAGCAGCUGGAGAUCCUGGGCCAAGGCCAGGAGAUGACUGAUGAGUCACCAGACCUUGCGGAGGAGCAGUUGCUAACCCUGCUGGAGGAAUGUGAACUGACAGAAAGCUGGAGUCAAGACCUUGAGAUGAACACACCAUGAGAGAUAGAUCCUUCCUGAGUUCAGAACAUCCAUCAAAAAUGCAUGCAUCAAUGUUAUAUUAUCCUCAAACCCCAAAUGACUCAAUUUAAUAUGUACUGUAUGUGUAAGAGGGUUCAGGAAACUGCAGAUCUGUUUUAAAUUGGCACAUGACAAGUCUGUUUUAUGAGCAGUAGCCAAAUAUGAACUGACAGUGAACACAAUAACUCAGUACCAGGAGACCUAGGAUUAGGCUAAGAUUAAUCCUAAUUGGUCUCCAUGUUUUCGCUAAGGUCCUGGCCUGUGUCCCAUUGUUUGUAUUUAUGAGGAAAUAGAACAGCAGGGCCACCCUUUGUAUUCACCUAAGUAUCAUAGAUGAGAACAGAAAAUUGCUGUCAUUAAAUCUAAUAACUGGUUAUGGUGACCACAGAAUGUUCUUCUGCACACAUAAACACUACCGAUAGAAGUGGGUCUAUGGGGUGAAGUCUGAACACUAUAAUGUAUUGAAGUUGAACUCUCUUCUACGAAAUAUAGUAUGUUUCUGUUCGUAAUCUUUCAGCAGAUUCAGUAUGUCUUUUAAUGAGGACAGAGGGAUCAUACAUGCUUUGAUGGAGAGAUAGUGAGAUACAAAAAGCUCAGACUAGUCAAAUGCAUUCCAUUCAUUCUCUCCCCAAUAGGUGAUCUGCUUCAGAGUAGCUCAGAUUAGUAGGAUCUUCUGAAAUCAGACCCCAUGUGACCUCUCUGAGUUUAAUUUUCAUUGUUUACAAAAGAAAGCAAUAGAGUCCACUGACAAAAGAUGACCCAUGUUGAGCGUUAAGUCCAGCUUUUGGUUUGUUUGAGAUAUUUGUGGAGCUGUUGACAUGGUUCCUAUUUGCUCAUGUUUCCACAGUGUGGAGU